AUCCCAUCAUAGCUGACUCGCAAUGAGUUCGAUUCCUCAAGAUUCGGGCCGUGAACUGUUAUAUGGCUGUUUCUUUGAAACUAGAAUCUAUUGUAUUGUGAUGUAUGUGUGUUGAGGCAUGUGUAUAUAGAACAUGGAGCAGAUCGGAAAAAGGUUGGGCGCUCUAACGAUCCGAGAUCUGUGGCUGGUCGCUGUGUGCGCCAUCGCUGUGUAUUUACUCCGUGUACGGGAAAGUUACUCCCUACAAGCCAAAUGGAGGUCCGAUAUUGACACAUCGUUAUACGAAAACAAUGAAUAUGCCAAAGAGUGGGAGAAAAUUCCUCUUCCAUUCGUAAGUGAUAUCGAGAGUGAUGGAAUUAAUGAAGUCAUUUUUGUAACUAAAGAACCAAAAAUUAAAAUAGCAACUGUUCCGACCAAGAAGUUUGGUUCAUCUGUGUUGCCAUAUUUGGUAACUAAGCAUGAGGUUACACUAGAUAGUAAUAAACAUCCGGUUGCUAUAGCAACAGGCUACCUAAUGGAAUACCAGAGUAUGCUGCAGGUCAGAAAACAGGUAGUGGUAGCAUUACUCAGUGACUGGACUGUGAUGUGUUAUGAUCAUAAAUUACAAUUACUUUGGCAGAAUAAAUUAUCACCAAUUUUGGAUGAGAGAUAUUUUAUAAAAGAAGCGGCCAUUUUGGUGACAUCCCAUAAUUUGAAGAAAAAAGAUGGCGGACUUAUAAUCAUAGGUGGCAGUAUUGGAGACCGACAUCAUCAUGAAAAGAAACUAACGCACGACCAUCAUAGGCGAAUACAGGACAUCAAACCAAUUGAGGAUGAAUCUGAUGAGGGGGAUGAUAGGUACCAAGAUAAGGAGAAAGAUACGCAUGUGAAUCAUUUCUCAACGUAUGCCCUCAGUGGGAAAGAUGGCAGCAUCAGAUGGCAUCACCUUCCAGGAGACUUUAAAGAACAUACCAAUAAAGAUGAUGCUCUGUUCUCGGCUCGUCAUUUCAAGUUAGGUUUGAAGAAAGGUCUUUCACAUGAAGGAGAGUCACACUGGAUGCAGUACAACAAAGCAAUACUCAAAAAUCUGCCGCAUUCAUGGCAGAGAGCAAGCGACACUCGGAUUACUUUCGAUAGAAUACAGAAGUCCAAGGGAGAAAUAUUCAAAGAUUACGGUUUUGAUGACGAGAAUGUACUUGAUAUGAUUGGUUUAGAUGAAGAACACCUGGUUGGGUAUGCAUUUGGUGGUUUGAGACCACACAGCGCAUCUGAACACAUCAAGAAUCCCAAUGCUAUAGUUAUACAUACACAUGAGGGCAUUGAGGUUUUGAAGCUGGCAACAGGACAACCUAUGUGUAGGCUAAAAUUACAACAAGAUAAAGGUGUAUACAUGGAUAUUAAUCAAGACGCCAUAUUGGAUCAUGUCAAAGGUCACUUCUCACAUAGUGCACAUGCUAAAGAUAACUGCCUGGCUGUUGUCAAAACUGGACAUCCUCCCCAUACACUAUUGUUUAAUGGUUCCAUCUGUGAUUCGCAAAGCAUUCUGGGAUGGCUGUCAUUUAUAGAUUCUGCAGACAAUGAUAAUGGUCAUAUUGAAGACACACACCACACUGUACCACCAGUCAUUGUCAGGAGCGUUGCUGAAAGACGUGGGAUAUGGAAUCAUCUACUGGGUGAAACACAGCUGAGUGCAUCCAGUAAAGGCUUUGAUAGUAUUUUCCUAAUAAGCAAUGGGAAAUUAACAAGUUAUGGCCCACAUGGACAAUUCCAUUGGCAGGUUGCAACACCGGCAAAGUGGUCUGAUGCCAGUAGUCUUGUCAGAAGAGCAGGUCUCCUGAACCGUGAAUUUACAGAGAAAUAUCGAAAUACAUUUCAACCAAGCAUGCAGGUUAUGGCACUUCAAGUAUAUGGAAAGGAGAAUAUAGUUGUACUAGCAGGCUGGGACUCCAUGGUGCUGGUAUCUCUCAAAGAUGGUAGAAUAUUAGCUGAACAUACAUUGCCAUGCCAACCGUCCUCCUCUAUUGUAAUUGGUGAUUUCACCAAUGAUGGCUGGACUGAUUUCAUUGUACACUGCCCUACCAGUUACCUGGGUUUUUCACUGAACAGAACAUCGGGAUACCUAUCAACAGCAUUGAUUGGUGCUGCCAUUAUUGUAGUUUUCACAGCUCUUACGUCCAUGUUUAGUAUUGAUGAAAAUGAAGAUGAGGACAAUCGUAACCAGAUCCAUGAUCAAGAUAGCUGACACGCAUUACAAUUAGACGCCAUUGUCCAAAAGAUUUACUACUCAGAGUAUUUAUUUCUGCAAAUUUUAAUAGUAACCUUAGUAAUGUAUGUUGGUAUUGUGGUUUUCUAUCUCUAUAUUGUUUAUCAUAAAUGAUUGGAUGAUACCAAAUUGCAAGAAGGGAUGCAUUAAAAGCAAAUGGGGUGGGGUGGUUUAUUGUUUGUUACAGUCUAGGCUUCAAAACUUGACUGAAUUUCAGUUUUAUUGCAGAGCUUUCUUUUGUAUGGAUGAUUCUGAUUAGUUUCAGAGAGCUCUAGUGAUUUAACAAAGUUCUUUUUUUUUCUGUACUCCCUGGUUUCUUUAUUUG